CAGUCCCGCGUUUUUAGCGUCAUCAAACUUUGUUUCCUCCAAUAAGAAUAGCAUUUUUCCGUGCGACCACAGGGGGAACAUCAAUUGUGUCGUUUUCUCCGAAGGACGCGCUUACAAUGGCGGCUGACCGUGUAUGGGUGUUUAAAGUUCAAAGUGAGGAAGGUCAAGACGAAUAUGACACACAGUUACGGCGCCAUGGAUACCAUCCCAUCUUCAUUCCCGUGCUGGCUCACAAAACGGAAUCGCACAGUCAACUCCGCGACAUUGUCAUUCAUGGUCCCCGUUACCAUCACAUCGCUGGUCUAAUUAUCACUUCUCAGCGAAGCGUGGAAACGCUGACGGAAGUUCUCCAUAACCUAUCCCUUGAUUCCGCCACUGCAUCCGAGUGGCAUACAUUACCUGUAUAUGUGGUGGGACACAAAACCGCCGAGAAGUUGCAACAAUUACCCCUCUUUCAAGGCCUCCAUUCCAACUGGAUUAUUGCCGAUCGUGCCGCCGAACUGCAUCCCGCCAUCAUUGCUCAAGUAAAAUCUACUAUCGGUGACCGUCAGCUUUUAUUUUUGGCGGGGGAUAAAAGACGGGACGAGUUACCGAAUCAUCUCGCCAAAGCCAAUAUUGCAGUGAAAGAGAUCCGAUGUUACAGCACCUGUGCACACCCGGAAUUGGCCCAAAAGUUAGGCGAAAUAAAAGUUAUGCCAGAUGACUGGACGGUAUAUUUCAGUCCCUCAGGAAUUCGUUAUAUUCAGGAAACUACGCAUCCGUUCACCGCAAAAAUUGCUGCCAUUGGUCCUACCACAGCCGACUACCUGGGAAAGCUUGGCAUGAACAUAAACGUGGUGUCUCGAAAACCCGAUGCUGCGCAUUUGGUUGCCGACAUGGUCACUUACGAUCGAUCUUUAUCAUAAAUAAAAAGACGCUGAUCACGGCUCUAUUCAAUGGCAAUAAAAAUUGUUCUUCUACGUCAUUUUGAAAUAAUGGUUCCUGGCCUGAUCACCCUUUUAUUUCUAAUGAAGUACGUUUCCCAUGCUUAUGUUAUCUGCUCCCUUUUUUGUGCCGGAAGUGGAGUAUAACGCCAGGAACCCUCAUUAUGAAAUGAUGACAAUGGUUUAUCA